GGUAGUGAGGGGUGGUGAUAUCUAAAGUGCUGUGGCCACCCCCUGCCUGGCUGACGGUCGCAGCUAGCGCACUGUCACGACGGAGCACAUUCUGAGCAAAAGGCUCAGGUUAUAUUUUUGGACUGCCAUGGAGACUGGCCCUUCCAUAUGUAGGAAGGGUGUAUAGUUGUGCUCAACAUGAGCCUCCCGCUCUGAUAAUCCGGGCCGGGACAAGCAGGCAGCAGCCGGCCGAUCCCAAGUAGCAGACACACAGGGACUCCCCUGUCGGGAGUGUGUUGGUCAACGGUAAGAAGAAUAACCUGGGGGUUAAACUGCUCAUGGCUGCCAGUUAUAGCAAUGUCAAUGAACCAGGCCUGCUUUUCCAGCAGUACCCUCCAGCUCUACUGCCCAAGCCUGGCAAGGAAAAUGCUAGACUCCAGAAACUACUCAAGAAAACUGAGAAAAAAAUCAAGAAAAAAGCCGCUCCUGAGAUCGCAAAGACACCUGUCCCUUUCCGCUCAAGCCUCUCUCCUGUGAAUGAAGCAAGUCCUGACUUGGAGCACAGUGACCACUCAACCCCUCCCAAAACUCCAGAGGCAUCCUUCUACACACAGCACCCCAGAUUUUCUGUCAGGCCAGUCUAUCGUCAUGUGGCAUCCCCUUACCCGCAGCAACGAGGAGCCACUUUUGGUGGAACAGCAAGAUUCGCCCCACAGCUGUAUGCUGCUCCAGCCCCCACCUUCCCCCAAUAUGUGGCCCCACUCUACACAUUUACUCCAACACCCCCGUCAGCCGUUCUAGGGCCAGCCUUGCAUGAAUUGGCACCCAAAACGCCUGAGCAAACGUCCUCUGUGCCUGACGUGACAACGACAGCUGCUGCUCAAAUUGCUCCUCCAGUCACUGCUUCAGUACCUCAUCCACUCAGUGCUCCAGUUGCUCUUGUCACAGUCACUCCUGCUGCCACACAACCUACUCUGCGAAUAGCCCCAGUAGUAAUACACCGCAAAAGUCCAAGUCCACGUUUUAAAGCUACCGAAGCUGCACUAAAAGCACCCAAAUCGAUGUUUGAUGUCCCUCAAAUUAGGGUCUAUACUGCAUCUAUGUCCCCCCUCCAUGAUUAUACUGGAUCAAAGACAUCUACUGCAGACGCAUUAUCUCUGAGUAUAACACCCACAUCAGAAAUCACAAGAGCUUUUACACCAACUGCUGAAAUCAAAAGGAGUGCAACACCUACAUCCGGGGUAAAAAGAGGUUUAACACCUACACCUGGACUCCAAAGGAGUGCAACGCCUACAUCUGAAGUGAAAAGAGCUAAAACACCAACUCAUGAUUUUUUAACACCAAGAACUCCUUUAGGUCGCCCUAAGACACCCUCAUUUCAUGUGUCCCGUGCCAAAACACCUGUUUUUGAAAUAUCAAGAACCAACCCACUUUUAUUCGCUGUAUCACCCAUUACUACAGAGGAACAUAUAUCUAACACACCAACACCUGGCACUAAUGCUGCCAGUCAGUCUUUGUCUGACCCUUCAAAAUCACCUUCAACUAUUCUAGGUGCAAGAACUCUGAAUGGGGAAGUAACGUCAAAAGAGACUCCCACAGCUAAAUCACCUCCUCAGAACACUUCAAAACCAGAGGCUCCUCGACACGAAAAUCCUGUAGUUGAGUCUGCCAGACCAAAGACCCCGACAGAUCUAUUAGGCUAUCAAAGAUCCAAGACUCCAACAGAUAUCACACCGAAAUCUGCUGCACCCUCCUAUGGGUACCAAAGACCCAAGACUCCAACAGAUAUCACACCAAAAUCUGCUGCACCCUCCUAUGGGUACCAAAGACCCAAGACUCCAACAGAUAUCACACCAAAAUCUGCUGCACCCUCCUAUGGGUACCAAAGACCCAAGACUCCAACAGAUAUCACACCAAAAUCUGCUGCACCCUCCUAUGGGUACCAAAGGCCAAAGACUCCAACAGAUAUCACACCGAAAUCUGCUGCACCCUCCUAUGGGUACCAAAGACCCAAGACUCCAACAAUUGUCACACUAAAGCCUACAGCACCCACAGAUGGGUACCAAAGACCCAAGACACCAACAAAAGAAACAUCAAAACCUACAGCACCCUCAGAUGGGUAUCCAAGGCCCAAGACUCCCACCAAUGAAGGGCAUAAACCUAUGACUCCAACAAUUGAGUAUCAAAAACCACAACCACCAGCAGGGUUUCAAAGGCCAAAGACUCCCACAGCUGGGGUAUCAUCUAUAGGAUUUCAAAGGCCCAAGACACCAACAUAUGUGGAUCCUAAACCAACCCAUACCUAUUAUGGGUUGACUCCUGCUGCAUAUGUUGCCCAUGGUGGAAUCCAAAGUUUUUCACCUUUAUUUGGAAUAUCCAGGUCUAAGACGCCGACUCAAGAGGAAUCUAAAACCCAAGAGCUAGAAGCAUCUAAAACACCUACCCAAGAGUUACCUGUAAAAUCACAUCCUUUGCCCGAGGUGUCAAACCAGGAAGCACCCUUCAAAGAACUGGAAAAAACUAUUUCAAGUGAGGCCAUAGUAUCCACGACAGUAGUUAAGCUUCCGAGUCCAACCAUUGUUGUUACACAAGCUGAAGAGGUCUCAGAAACAAGAGUAUCCACAGCUGUGACCAGCAAAAUAUCAACUCCCAUUGCUGAAAUGCCAAAGGUUAAAACUGUGGCAAACACAAGGCCAUGGGCUAAAUCUCCAACACCAGAGGUUAAAACCCCAGUGAAGACACCAACUUAUGGAGUUUACCCAAAACCCAAGACACCCACCCCAGAAACCCAACGCAAGACAAUACCUCCUUUCUCAAAAACAGAACAUCCUGUGGCUAAAGCCAGUGUGGUGCAACAGAAAGAGUUGAAGGAAUCAACAGAGCCUAAAAUGCCAACCAAAGCAACCUCUGAGGCUAAACCAGUAGGGACAAAGCCAACCAAUUCUUCUCCACUUGCAAAGACUGCAUCUCCUGAGAAUCUUUUGUUGCUGGCUAAACCAAAGAAUAACCAGGAAGCCAAACCUGAAGAGGUGGUAUCAGCUCCAACCACACCAUUGACAGAGAAGAAGGAAGAGAGAAAAGACUCUUUCCCAGCAGCUGAACCUCUUCUUAAAGUGAUCCAAAAGCCAAAGGGCAUGAUGAAGUCUAAACUCAGUGGUUGGUCACGGCUCAAGAAGCACAUGGUAGUGGAAGAAGAACCACCUAUGUUCACAGAAUCAGAUCCUAAGAAAGAAACCGCCAAGGUGACUGAGCAGGAAGGAGGUGAAGCGAAAAAGGAUGAAAAGGUGUUAUUCAAAGACAUGGUGGCAGCCGUAACAGCUGACGAUCCUCCUAAGGCAGCGAAGAAAUGGGAUUCUCUUCUCUUCGAUAUGUUCUCCACUAAAGAGAAGAUUAUGCAGGUGAUUGAAGCCAGCAAAAGUGAGGAGGAGAGGAAAGAGCAGCCAAAGGAUGCAGGGAAAGAAAUCCCAUCCUUCGCCCAUCGUCUACCUGUUCUCCUUUUCAGCCCAAAGUUUGAUGCCAAAAGGCUAAGAGAGGCUGCGUCAAGGCCACUAACUAAAAUUUCGACAGUGUUUGAGAUGGGUCUCAUAGGGCGUAAAAAUAAAGACGAGGAACCAAAAGACUUUAACAGAACAGCUAGAGGGUUCACUUGUCCUUAAACCAUGUCUUUUUGGACUGGUAAAGAUGAAACUGAGAAGAACAUUUUGAAAAAUUCUAUUGUUAAAUGUUUUAUGUGCACUGGUGUAGAAAUGGUAGUCAUAAUGUACAGUUCCCAUCUCUCGGCUUGACACAGGAUACAAUAUUUAAGACAGUCUCAUAGAGAAUGUGGUCUUAACUUUAUACUUGAUAAAUGCACCAUGUUGCAUUUUGAGCACUGAUUGUUUUGUCGUCUGACUAUGUUACACAUUUGUGUGAAUGUCUCUUUCUCUGAUAAUAUGAAAAUAUUACCUUGACAAUCAGAGGAUAAGGGAAAAUGUAUUGUUGUUUUAAAAGAAUUUAGACAUCUCGUGAGAUUAAAAUGUACAAAGAUUAA